GUGACUUGACGGGAGAGAAAGAGAGAGAGAGAGAAAGAGAGGGCCCGCCGCACGCACUGCCGACGCCGCGACGCAACGCCGCCGAUGCCCAGUCUGCAGCGCGCUUUGCCCAUGGAUGCGAGAGUGCCGCGCGCUGCUGCCGAGCCAUGACGAUUUUCGUCGGAAAGAUGCAAGAUGAAGAUGAGAAAAGUAGCGAAAUUGAAGAGGUCGAUGAGAGCAUAGACAAACAUUUGGUCCGCGUGCGUGCCCAGGUGAUGACUCGUGAUGACAGCACAGGGGGUUGGGUACCGAUGGGGGUCGGAGGACUCUCAGACGUCUCGGUGCACAAACGAUCCCUGCUGGCGGUGCAGCUGCCCUCGUGCAGCAGCAAUUCGUCAGAACGCGGCAAGAGUGCCCACGAGUACCUUAUUUUUGCCAAGAGAAUAUCGGAUGACGUGGUUGUACUGAGUUGUGCCAUCAACAAGGACUUCGAGUACAACCGCGUCAUGCCCACGUUUCAUCACUGGCGCACGCGAGACUCCAAAUUUGGCCUGACCUUCCAGACUGCUGCGGACGCCCGCGCUUUCGACAAAGGCGUCUGCACUGCUGUGGAAGAGCUCCUCGAAGGCUUGCCUACUUCAUCGCCUCCUUUUCAAUCCUACAAUCAAGAUGCCGGAGAAGAUGAUGUAUUUAUGACGCUUAACCUGCCGGUGGAGAGGGGAGACUCGCGCUCCUCGUCGGACUCGUCAACACGCGGCGGGCUCAACAACCGGCACGACUCGCUGAUGGAACAAAAGUACCGGCUCAACUACCUCGCCCGCCAAACAGACGGCAGCAUUGAGGGCGACACGAAAAUCAGCACCGUGGCCAAGAGUUCGGACCCGUGGCUGCGGGCGGCCGUGGCGGCGGCCACCUCCGACGGAAAGAUUCCCAGCCCCUCGAAAGACUUUCUCGACCUCGGCCACAUCGACAACUACUCGUACGUGCAGCUGUCCGCCAUGCACGAGUACAGCUACCCGAUGCUUGGCGGCCGCAGCUGCGAGUCCGAGAACAAGAAGGAUUUGGACACUGGUCUGCGACGCCAAUCAUCCAACAGUCCGAAAAAGCAGGCUGGCUGCUCGCAGGACAUGCAGGGACAAGGCGCCAUCGCCCCUGAGAAAGUGCGCAAGAGGAGUGCUGGCGCUGUUGUUAAAAUUCGUUGUCGCUAUUGUCAGGAGUAUUUCACGGAGGAACAGAAUCGGCGGGGAGCAUGUGAACUGGCGCCAGACCAAACGCAGAGUUGCAUCGACACAGUGUCCUGCGUUUCGAGCGCCCAGUGCAUGAUGUACCACUGCAUGUCGGACCAGGAGGGCGAAUUCGCGCAGCGGCCGUGCGAGUGCACAGGCGGCAGAGGAGACGGCUGCGGCCGCCGGUGGUUGGGCUUGGGGCUGCUGUCCAUCCUGGUGCCGUGCCUGUGUCUGUAUCCGCCGCUCAACUGCUGCCACUGGUGCGGAGUCAAGUGCGGCAUGUGCGGCGGCCGGCAUGCGCCCUACCAGGCAAACUAGCGCGCUUUUUAGCCACUCACACAAACAAAAACACUGUACACAUACACAAAAACAUAUACACAUACACAGACUUUAAAACCUGGAGAGCGAUGAAGAUUUUCUGUUUGAUGUAUCACAAAACAAAACGAAAAAAGAACAAAUAAUAUGUUUCGGAUAAAUUUGUUGAUCACACACAGCAGAGGCGCACGCGGGUGGAUGCUUUUUUUCAUGUGACUGACUCUCGACCGCACUGAAUGUUAAUUGUGCUACCAAUUGGCAAUGCAAGCAUCCACCCUCUCGCUCGCCUCUGCACUCUCGAGCAUGCGUACAAAUCAGACGAUGAAUAACGAGGUGAUAUAGUUACAAGAAAGGACUAAGGUGAUUGUUUCGAGUCAAUGAUUAAUUACUGGAAGAUCUCUGCAAUUCGGUUAUAUACUUCUCUAAGGGCUCAGAGAAAAGUACAUAACUGACGAAACUUGCGACACACGUAUUUAUUUAUUUUUAGGCGAAUCGGCCACUCGGUUCGCGUGGCGGUAUAAUAUAAAUAUUAUAAAUAUAUAAAUUAUAUUUUGGUUCAAGCUCUGAUUAGUUUUCUAGUCAGUACACAGGCUACUGUGAUCGUACAAGUAUUUAUAAUUUGUUGCCAAAGUCGCAUUUGCUUUCUAUCGGGUUCAACAAAGUUUGUGGCGGGUGAAGCAUUUAGCUGUAUAUUUCCGCUCGCCACGGAACGGGCGCGGGCGUGAUCAAAAUUUCGUUUCUUUGCCAAACAAGCGCACACACAGACGGGGAGAAUUUGAAAGCUCGUCUUCUUUCAAACGAGCACGAGAGCACUGAAAUGCAUUUAAAUUCUCAACAGGAAAUAAUAUUUAGUAGACACAAAAUGUCGUUCUUUACAUAUAUAUUUCAGUGUUGUCUUUAUGAAGACGAUGAAAAAAAAUUAAAUACAUAUAUAAAAAAACGAGUUGACUUUUCUUCAUUGCCAGGGGAGAAAAUACCAUUUCCAGGUAUUUGCUAUAAUAUUUGACAGAAAUACCUAAAAUAUAAAUUACGCAGGUUGCGAGAUGUUGUAUAGUUUUGGUUGGACAAGCAACUUCAUUUCCUAACGAAUCAAAACCACACUCAAACAAAAACGAAAGCAGAAAAAAAGAAACCAACCAAUGCAAGAUCCUUGUAAGUGUUAACCGUAGUUAGUCAAAAGAGGAGAAUGUAAUGCUGCAGCUUCCAUUUUUGAUUAUUACUAUUACUCGGGGCUGAGAGCCGUCGGCCGGCUCGGUCCGGGAGCUCUCUCCAGGCGCCCACCUUAGGCUCAGGGCUUGAAUGACGCCUCCGGCUUCAGUCAAGCUAAAGGUGCCGCCCGCCCGCCUGCCGCCACGCAGGUCGCCGGACCGCGCCGUCGAGGACGCGCACUCGUUGCCCCGCUACUUGUAUUCAGAAUAAAGCCGCGUGCAGUUUUUGAACACAUAUCUGUUGGUAUAAUUGUUCAAAAGCGGCAGCAUUUCGAUGAGUCUAGCUAAACAAUGUUUUUAAUGCGGUCGCGCAGCCAUACGUAAUACACACAAACACACACACUCACACAUCAAGGUUGGAAACUGGGUCGAAAUUAAACAGAUGAACACUCAAAUUAUUGUUGGCUGGCGGACACGUACGUUCGAUUGUUUUUUCGCGAGGUUGUACCUUUACGAUGUUUGCGAUUUUAGACUAACUUUAUCCAAUUGUUGUUGUUUUUUGACGUGGACGCAUUUUUCUAUUUACGCCUUUGAUUGAUUUCACUCGAAAAAUGCGUGCAGGCAUUCAUUUUGUUCCUUCGAGAGGCUAUAUAUCUUCUUGCGUUCUACAUUUUUCAGUCGUGUAACAUAUUCAGGCAGGAAUUUGGAUUUUAAAACUUAAAUAAUGAGCAGCCGUUAUCAACUUGAGAAUAGGAAUAAUAAAUUCAUUGACAGCUGCCGUUGACAAUAUAUUGUAAUCUUUUUGUAUUUAAGAGUAAUCGUGGUUUUUAACACCCUUGGCCACAACUAAAAAUGAAAAUAAUACUUUUUGUAUGUCAAAUAAAAAUGGUGUAAAUCAAGGAUAAU